AUGGCCGCGACUGACGGUCAGAUCGUCGUUGCGGCGGCACGCUGGGCCGAGGAAGUGACGUACCUGCGUGAAUUCGUCUCCAAGUAUCGUCUGCCAGCGGUGAUCAAGAUCACGAAGGGUCAGUACGGCGGGCUGGGUGUACCAACGCUUCCUGCGCCCAGUCUGCAGAGUACUGCCCUUCUCGUAUCCGCCGGACGUCGACGAAAGAUCGUCGCUCAAGCGGUGAAGAUCAAAGAAGGGCGUAGAGUGGUUGGCGUAGGACCUCGACUAGCUAUUCCCGACUCCUACGCCGGUUACUUCGAAAUUCUAAGCGAGGAAGGCAGAGCUGUGCGUGGAAUCGAGUCCGUGAACGAACUCUGUCGAAGAUGCCCCGAAGAGGGAGCUCUCGUGCGAGAAACCGUCCGUGGAAUAGCUUGCAGAGUGGACGACGAGUCCGGCAUAGUGGUCCCUGAGGGAACGAGGACUCUGGCAGCUGGAGAGACAAUAGUAACAGCGGGGGAAGUCAGUCUACCGGGUCGUGGAAGAUUUCUACGCUGCGUCGACUGUCGAGGUGAGAGCGUGCUGCUGGGAAUGGAGCAACGCGGUCGUUUCAGCGCACUGGCUCGCGAGGACAACAUCAGCGGCGUGCACACAGCCAGAGCGUUGCUCAGCAAACGUCUGCCAUUGACGGUCAGACUGGUGCACGGUCAGCCACCGAGAGGACUGAAAUCCUCGUCUCAGUUCGUCCCUGAGCUCAGGUUGUUGUCCACUUUCGAGGAGGAGCACGUAUUCGCGCUGCCGUUGCAGAGAGAGGGUGCAGCUGUGGCUCUGCCUCUAGCCGCCCCGUUGAAGCUGGUGAAAGCGCGGAACGAGGAAGCUCUCAGGUCGAUGCAAGAGUUCACGAGGCUCGUGGAGCGUGCUUCCCGUCUGGUUGCCGACGUAGCCGAUCGUGCACACGUGCUAGACGGUCGCCUAGGCGAGAGCAAGCCCUCGAGGCAAACUAGAAGCGGCUCGGGCUUCCUCAGGCGAUCCUCGACCAACUCGGACAACGGACCGCUCGGCUACCAUCGAAACACGGCCAGCCACCACCAUCACCAUCAUCACUAUCACAGCAACGGCCAUCAGGCGUCCUCCGGACACGCGGGAUACAGAGACGAGAAUCGCGUUCCACCUUCGGCUUGCACAGAAGAGUACGACGAGAUCGAUCAGAUCUACGAUUACGUUCGCGGCUUCGCACCGUUGCCCAAGAGCGUCAGGUCGCCUUACGAGAGCCCUCUACCCGGUGCACAGGGCUCCAGUCCACCUCUGACGCCUGUCACAGUGACGAUCGCGCCUCUGCUCGACGACAGACCGGAACCACCGCCCAUCGAGACCAUUCCAACGAAGAAGAUACAGGCCGAGAAGAGGACGAGACGUGCUGUGAAGGAGGCACCGCAGCCCAGGGUCGAGAAGCCGCCGUUGGCGAAGCUGUACGUGAAGAACAGUGGCACGCAGAGAGGACGUCCUUUGAUGAGGCAAAAGAGCGCGUCGCCGUUGAAAGAGACGCCACCUGGGUACAAGGGUGGAUCGCCGCUUUUCAACAUCAGAUACAAGAGUUUGACGAACCUUCAGCAGGCUAUGGAGCUAGAUGGAACGCUGGAUUCGAGCCAUUCAGGGGGUAGAACGUCGGGGGACUCUGGUGCUGGUGCUAAGCUACCAGAAAAGAGAUCACGGCGUUUGAGCAGACCACGCUCCCUGACGAAUUUAGUAUGGGAGCUACGCGGCGGAAGUGGCCUCGGCUGCGCGAGACCGGAAACUCCACCACCCGCUACAGCAGCACCACUACCGCCGACUAAAUGUGGACCACGUCUUGCUGUCACCGUGGUGGCACCUCGACGUGUUGGCACGCUCUACCUCUAACUCAUUCGAACCGACGAAGGGCUGAAGAAGGCAAAGAGCGGUCCGGAUGGGGCGUGAUGGAUCUCCGAUGCCUUCGACAAAUCAAAACUCGUAGCCAGAGCUGAAGCAACGACGGAACGACGGGCCAAGUGUCCGUCGACGAUCCCACCAUAUUGUCCCUUUCAUUUUUAGAAUUCGUAGCA